UCCCCCCCCCCCCCCCCCUCUCUCUCUCUCUCUGCCUUUGUCUCCUUCCAUACAAAACCAGAAAAGGCGACCAAUUCGACGACGGAUCUCGCGGCUUCUCCAGCUCAGAGAGAGGGGAAGAGAAAUGGACGGAGGGUCCUCGUCGUCGUCGGGGACGUGGAGUUCGCCGGACGAUGAUGAGCCCAAGCAGAGACCGGGAGACUCGGACCCCGGGAGGAAGAGUAAGAAGAAGACCGGGCUCGGGUGGAUCGAGUGGCUCCGGGGAUGGUGGUCCGUGAUUCACGAGUGCCUGUUCCAGAGAAUCCUGGCGAGCCACCUCCAGAACCCGCUCCCUCUGCCUCCCGUCAACGAGCUCACCUGCAUUGUCACCGGAUCCACCAGCGGCAUCGGCCUCCAAAUUGCCCGACAGUUGGCAGAAGCAGGGGCUCAUGUUGUCAUGGCAGUGAGGAAGCCCAAGGCGGCUCAGGAUCUGAUCCAGAAGUGGCAGAAUGAGUGGUCCGGCAUGGGUCUCCCUCUCAAUAUUGAGGUGAUGGAACUUGAUCUUCUUUCCUUGGAUUCUGUGGCUAGAUUUGCUGAAGCAUGGAAUGCUCGAAUGGGGCCUUUGCAUGUCCUCAUUAAUAAUGCAGGGAUUUUUUCUAUUGGAGAACCACAAAAGUUUUCAAAAGAUGGCUAUGAAGAGCACAUGCAAGUGAAUCAUCUUGCUCCAGCCCUUCUGGCGAUAUUGCUUUUGCCAUCUCUAAUCCGGGGCUCUCCCAGCAGAAUUGUUAAUGUAAAUUCUGUGAUGCAUUACGUUGGCUUUGUUGAUGAUGAAGACAUGAAUGUUGUAUCUGGGAGAAGAAAAUAUUCAAGUCUAGUGGGUUACACCAGUAGCAAGUUGGCACAGGUCAUGUUCAGCAGUGUCCUGCAUAAGAGGUUGCCUGCUGAGGCUGGCAUUAGCGUGUUAUGCGUAUCUCCUGGAGUAGUGCACACUAAUGUUGCAAGGGAUCUUCCCAGAAUUGUUCAGGCUGCUUAUCAUUUAAUACCCUACUUUAUCUUCAGCCCUGAAGAAGGUGCCAGAAGUUCACUCUUUGCGGCGACAGAUCCUCUGGUCCCAGAAUACUGUGAAUUGCUAAAAUCAGAUGAUUGGCCCGUCUGCGCUUUCAUAUCUCAAGAGUGCCGCCCAGCAAACCCUUCUGAAGAAGCACACAACCUCGAAACCUCUUACAGAGUAUGGGAAACGACUCUGGAAAUGGUCGGCCUUCCUUCUGAUUGUGUAGAAAAGCUUAUCGAAGGACAGGAUGUUAACUGCCGAUAUGGAGGAGCUCAUUAGUGGUCAUCAUCUCCUUUUACAAUGGAAAUGUAUACAUUUUAGUCUACUAGGUUCGGGUACUUUUCUAUUUUCGUCCACUAACUUUUUUUUUUUUUUUUUUUCUUCUAUUUGCAUCCAGUACCUUUCGCUGCUUUUAUAUAUUAGUUCUUCAGUUACUCUUUUUUUUUUUUUCUGUUAAACGCACGUAUUUGUAAUAUUAUAAUGAUUUAUAUAAGUGAAAGUUGAACUGGCUGGAUCAAAUUCUCAA